GAGGGUCACAGUGACUGCAUCAACUCCAUUGCAUAUUCACCCGAUGGGACCAGAAUCGUGUCUGGCUCCAAUGACGAGACACUGAGAAUCUGGGACGCACAGACUGGGGUAUGCCCUCUCUUUGGUCACACUAACUUUGUGACUGCUGUCGCGUACGCCCCAGACGGGCAUGGAAUCGUGUCUGGCUCUAGAGAUGGAACUUUGCUGAUCUGGGACGUGCAGAACGGCGCACAAGUUGGUGAGCCUCUCAGAGGACACAGGGGCCGGGUUUUGGCCGUUGCAUACGCUCCGGACGGCAGCAGGAUCGUGUCGGGCUCUUUGGACGAGACCCUGCGAAUCUGGGAUGCGCAGAGCAGUGAGCCCAUCGGUGCACCACUCAAGGGUCACAACAACUGGAUCCUGAGUGUUGCCUACUCUCCAGACAGGACAAGGAUUGUGUCAGGCUCGAUUGACAGGACAAUGCGGAUUUGGGACGCACGAAGCGGCAAGCCUGUUGGUGAGCCUCUCAAGGGUCACGGCGGCUAUGUUAGGAGUGUUGCAUAUUCUCCAGACGGGAGCAGAAUCGUCUCCGAGUCCGACGACCAGACAGUGCGAAUCUGGGACGCGCAUUCCGGAGAACCCAUCGGCGAGCCUCUCAGCGGUCACGAAAAUAUUGUCGAGUCCGUUGCAUACUCUCCUGACGGGAACAAAAUAACUUCUGGAUCUUGGGACGGGACGAUACGACUUUGGGAUGCUCACAAUGGCACGUGUAUCAAGACGAUGUUCCCCGGUGAAUGUCGAUGGGACCCUGACGCACAAUGUUUCUUAACUGUUGCCAGAAGCUACCUUAGCCUUUUCAUUGCACAUACUGCUAAUCCAUCGGCUAUCCCAGACGACGGCUGGCUUCGGACACUAGACGGCGGCCUGUUUCUGUGGGUCCCUCCAGAACACCGACGCAGCAUAUGCGGUGGUCAAGUCCGCAUUCCGAAUAACGAGGAUGGGAAGCUCAUGUACAUGGACUGGACGACGAUUCCUCAUGGGAAGGACUGGACGAAGAUCAUGGGUGUUGAAGGGUCGGACAAAGACUGA